AUGCCAGGACAUCGCUGUAUUGCCCCCGGUUGUAAUUCCGGUUAUGAUUCUUGUAAAGAAAAAUAUCAUUUUUUCACAGUUCCCAAGGAUGAUAUUCAAUUACGAGAAUGGACAAAAGCAAUUCCGAGGAAAGACUUUUUAAUAAAACCUCGUCAGGUAGUUUGUGAACGGCAUUUCCACGAAGAAGAAAUUUUAAGGAAACGAAUAAUGACUGACAAAGAUGGGACAAUUUUAGCUGAGGCUGUAUAUAAAAUUCCGAAAUUAAAAGAAGGAGCUAUACCGUCAAUAUUUCCAAACUGUCCAAAAUACCUAUCCUACUCUUUAAAACGAAGGAAAUUACCAUUAAUUAGAAGUAGCUCACCUAAAAAAAAGAAAACCGACAAAAAAAAAGACCCACAAAUGGAUUGUGCAUUCAAUUCUAAACCGUCAAUAGAAAUUGCUAUUACUGAUUCUAUUAAUGAUUCAGUAGGGAUUUUCUCAUUCUCUAAACUUCAAGAAAAUGUUAAUAGCAUUGUUUUUCCAAGUGGAUGGAGCAGGCAUGACAUUCCUGGAAAGUUGAUAAUGUUUUCUUUUUUUAUUGUUAAAACAGAAGAAACAGCAAUUACAGAAAAUUAUAUUCCCACUCCUAUUUUAUAUAAAAGAGUAUGCCUAGGAGUAAAUUUAAAUGUUCAAUGUUUUGUUAUGAAUAUAUCAGUUAAUAAUGACCUUUUUGGAUUAAAUAGAUUAAAUUGUAUUAAAGACUUAGAAGAUAUUUUAAAAAAAUUUGAUACUAGUGUCAUUUGUAAAGGAUAUAAAUUAAAAGAACAACUUCUACAUUCUAAAACAACAUUUACAGAUCCGGCUGGCUCUCGUUUACAAAAAAAUAAUACUACUCCAAAGAGAAUUCAUAUUUUAUCUAGUUCCAAAGUACAACAACUUCGUAAAAAUCACAAAUUAACAUUGCAAAGGAAAUAUCGAGCUGUAAUACUCAAUAAAAAGCUAAAAAAUAAAUUAUUUAAUAUGCAAGGUGAAAUGUCAAAACUGACCACAAUGAAUCUUGAAGAAAGGCUAACAACUAAUAAGAUACCUACUAAUCAACGGGUUGCCUUACAUGAAAUUUUGUCCGCAUCACAAGUCCUCAAUUUAAAAGGUAGCAGAUAUUCCGAAGAUUGGAUCCUUUUAUGUUUACUAUUUCAUAUGCGUUCACCAUGUGGCUAUAAUUUUGUUAGAAAUAAUGACAUUAUGCCAUUACCUUGUGUAAGGACCAUAAGAAGGUACCUAUCAUCUAUCGAUACACAAUGUGGGUUUGAUCCAAAAUUUCUACAGAUGUUUUCUCUUUAUAUGGCACAAAAAGAAAAAUUUCAACGCCAUGGUUUGCUCGUGUUUGAUGAAAUUUCCACUCGCGAGAGUAUUGCAGUUAACUCGGCAAAUCUUACAUAUACAGGUCUAGUUGAUUUUGGUGAAGAAGGUGAGAAAGGAAAAACUUUCAGUGAUAAAGCAAAUCAUGGAUUAGUAUUUAUGUUCAUACCAUUAGAAGAUAAUUAUGCCCAACCCGUUGGUGUUUUUGCAUCAAAGGGACCGACUAAAGGUGUAGUACUAACUCAGUUAGUAAUAAAAGCUAUCACAGUACUCGAAAAAGCAGGAGCGUUUAUCCAUGGAAUUGUAUGUGACGGGGCAGCCCCAAAUCGAAAAUUUUGGAGCGAAAUGGGAAUAUGUGGAAAAAUUAAUAAAGUUAAAAAUUGGUUUGAGCACCCAACAGAUGAAAAACGGAAAAUAUUUGUGUUCUCUGAUACGCCGCAUUUAUUUAAGAAUAUCAGAAAUAGGCUCUAUAAUAAUAAAGAGCUCAAGAUUCAUGAAAAUGAAACACCAGUAAAAUGGGAUCAUUUUGUAAAUGUUUACAAUUUGGAUAAACUGAAUCCUGGGAAUUUAAAAGUUUGUCCUAAAUUAUCUGCAUCUCAUAUAGUUUUGAACAGUUCUGCAAAAAUGCGUGUUCGUCUUGCUGUGCAGAUUCUUAGUAACUCAAUGGCAAAGAGCCUUGAGUUUUAUCGCUCUUUAAUAUCUCUCAGUUAA